GCGGGGGCGGCGGAGCGGGGGGCGGGCGUGAAGCGUCCUCGGAAGGAUCACUUGCGGAGGCCACGCCCGACACGGAUGAAAGCGCGGGAGAACCGCGGCAGCACCGCUCCAAACGUCGCCAUCACGCAGCGCCGCAGCCGCAACCACAGCCACAACCGCUUCACCCGCAGCAGGGUGUGCAAGUGGCGGCUCUAGAAGUACAAAACGUGAAGCGCGCCAUCAACCGGUACGGCACGCUGCCAAAGGGCGCGCGCAUCGGCGCGUACCUCGAGUCGCUGAGGCAGAGCGGUGGCGGCGGCAGCGGAGGCGCGGCGCGCGAGCCUCCGUCCCCCGCCGCCGCCGCCGCCGCGAUGCCCGCGCAUGAUGAAGCGCGAUCGCUGUCGCCGCGGACAGCGCGCGCACAGCCGCACAUGAUUCGUUCUAACUCGUCGAGCGGUGUGACCGCAACGCCCGCGUCGCCGCGAUCUGUUCGCGCACAUGCGCCGUUACGCUCUUUCGCCGGUAGUCCCGCCAAACCCCGGCCUCGCCUCGCCGAGCUCGAGUUUCCGCCGCCGCCUCCCGAUCUCCCGCCGCCGCCGGAGGACACGCAGCAACCACCGCCACCACCUCCUGACCGCUGCCGUGAUGCUGGCACCGACACGGCCGAGGAGCCACCGCCGCCCCUCGAUGAUAAACCUCUCAAACAAAUUAUGAAGGAAAUGCUCGAACUAAAGUUAGUUGCCGAAAUCAAGGAACGCGCCGACAAGAAAAACAAGGUAAGAGAUUCACCGCCUGCGCAACACGAGCCUGUUGAAGGGUCGAGCGCGUUUGGAGAUCCGGUGACUCGGCUCGUGAGCGAGCUAUCGGAGAGCCUUAACUUGGAGGGCGCGCGCGGCCUGCGGCGGGCGCAGGACGACGCGCUCUCGCCCGCCGAUCUUAAGGCCGGCCUACGAAAGACUGGCUAUACUAAACUCGACACGGACUCAAAGACGUCUACUGAUUUCAAAGCCCAAUUAAAGAAAGUUGACUCAAAUAAAAUUAAUAGUAUUAGAGAUGAGGAUGUCGGGCGAAUCAUAGAUUUCAAAUCGCGUUUACGAAAAGUUGACAGUGGAGCUCCUGCAACCAAUGGUACAAUAAAAAAAGAACUCGCUUCCCCAGACGAGAAGGGUACUAAGAAAGAUAAUAAAAGCGACGACUCGGAUCGCAAACCACAGGGCAGUUCAUUAGACGCGAAUGGAGACGAAGAAGAUAAGCGAAGGAGUACAGGCAGUAUCAGCAGUUUGAAGAAGCUAUGGGAAAACAAGGAGAGCGAUGAGCGCUUGAGCCCCAAGUUGAAGCCACGCGGCGAAGAAAGCGCGGAGACUUCACCCGAGGAGCGCACUGCGCGGCGCGAUGAACGGCGCGAUGAGCGGCCCGCCGUGCCUAGCAAACCCGCGGUAAAGGCCAAACCGAUGGGCAAGGGCGGCAUCUAUGCCACCCCUCUCGCACCACUCGCGCCGCUAGCCGGCGACGAUGCCGAAGAUGCGCUGGCCGAGCUACGUGCCUCCCUCGAGUGGUGCACCAAUGAGGUGGUGCGCGGGUCUGGGCGUGGGUCGCUAUGGCGAUUGCAGACGUCUGAGCGGCUCGCGCGGUUAGGCGCUCAGUGUUUUGGACUGGCGGGAGGAGCGCGCGUGGCGCCGCAGCGGCGCGUGCAGCUGCGCGCUGCUGCGCGCCGACUCGAAGCCGAGGCGCGUGCGCUAGCCUCCGCGCAUUCCGCGCAUCAUUCGCCCUCGCCGCUCUCCAUCGAGCAGGCGCUGCAAGAGCUCGCCGACAUCGUCGCCAGGUAAACCGCGCGUGCCGCCGGCCUUCGAGCCUGCUUCCGAAACACAAUGCAGUUGUACUGCGAAAAUGAUACUAUUUAUUUAAAAUUUAAAAUUACCGCUGCGCCAUUUCAUGACAUUAUAUUAUGUAGAAUUAGUGAACAUAAAAUUGGUGCAUGGUUCAAUUGACAAAGCGGUAGCAAUGCAACCGCCGCGAAAAUAUGUAAACAAAAUGCGUAAACAUUGAAUAUUUUAUACAUUCUUCCAGUAACUCUGUUAUGUACGAAUUAGAAUAAUAUUUAUUAUGUUGUGUGCCAAAUAACGCGAGUAAAGCGUUUUAACAUUCCUCUAUUGAAUCGUCAUCGCCGACCGCUCCGCGCUUGCGGCAGAGCGCACUUUCCUUUCUAAUGCCGUUUAGCAUUUACUUUGAAUUUAUUUUGGUACAUAAUGUACUCAUAUUGCGAAACUUACUAAAACCCGACUUGUUCCUCGUUCCGGAAUCACAACGAUCCGAUUCCAUCUCGUACACUUGUGCUACAUGCUACGCAAAAUGCAAAACAAAAAACAAUUUGUAUCAAACUAUUCGUUAAUAAGGCGUUAUGUACGUAACGAAAAUAUAUAGCUAUUUAAAAGUUUCAUCCUUUCUAAACAACUUCAUAAACUUAAAAAGUUAUGUUACUAUUUUUAGUUAACACGAUUUCUAUCAAUCCGUAUACUUCUCCCAUAAAAUUCUUAAUAGCAUUCAAAGAAAUCGUUUUUAUUACUCAGGUAACAAAUUGAUUUGAAUAUGUAAAGUAAUUUACUUCCUUUUUAAUUAACAUGGAUUUCCGUAAAAUAACGCCUCGAUUCAUAGACCUACCAACAAAUGGACAUCGGUCUAAUACAAAAAC